ACAAGCAAAAAACUGGUUCAAAUUUGGCAAAAAGUGAUAAAUUUGGAAAAUAUCUGUUGCAGAAACAUGCUUUCUUUAAAAGAUGAAAUUACUAAAAACAAUUAUUUGGAUCCUAGUAAUACCUAUAUUUUUUUCCUUCUUCAAACUAAAGGAGUCCUAAAAUGCUUUAUGAAAACAGCAUUUGUAUCAGUAUUAAGAUUAGUCUGGUCCGAAAAAAACAAACUACAAAUAAAAAUUCCUAGCUGGUAAAAAAGGUACACUUUGGGUGGGCUGAGUGUUUCUAGGUGUGUGGCUAGUGUGUACCAAAAAGUUCAAUUCAGAACUAUUUGCUUUGACAUUUCUAUUCUUUCUGUACAUAUUCUAAAGUAAAGGUAACAACUGAAAUAUCAGGAACAUGUUUGUGGAAACUGGCUGCACUGUCACAAAUGCACAAGAGACCCAUUGAGAAGGGAGAGGCUACUAAGUUCAAGUGUUUUUCUGUUUUUGACAAUAAAUAAAAUAAUGCAAUCCAUAUAUUUUUUAUAACUAGGGAGAACUCUAUGACAUUCAAAUUCUAACACAACUCUACCAUUACAGGAAAAAAAGAGAAACUAAUAAAUAAGUCUUUUUUUUUUCUACAGCUAUUGGUUUCUUUCACUAAGCCUUCUGAAACCUGAGCCUCUGCAGAAUACUAAACACUUGGCCUUAUCUACAGACAUGGACCAAUGCAUGUACGCUCUCAUUUUAGAGAACCUGGAAGGAAUCAACUUCGGCUUCAAGUAUCUGGCAUGGGUCCAAUACCUUAAAAAAGCAGAUGACCAGUUCAGUCACUGACCAUGCUGACCAGUGUCUGGAAUUGGAUCAAAUCACAGAAAAGUAGCAAAUGGCUCUUUCUUACAGAAUAUCCAAACAAAGCACAAUUCCUGGGCUCAUUUUGCAGAGCUCAUCUGAUCACUUAAUCUCUUCUAACUGGUCUGGAUUACAGACAGAAUCGAUACCAGAGGAAAUGAAACAGAUUGGUGAGGAGCAGGGAAACAAGCCACGCUGGUCAGCUCUUCUGAUACUCAUGGUGAUAAUACCCACAAUUGGUGGAAACAUACUUGUUAUUCUGGCUGUUUCACUGGAGAAAAAGCUGCAGUAUGCUACCAAUUAUUUUCUAAUGUCCCUGGCAGUGGCUGAUUUGCUGGUUGGAAUAUUUGUGAUGCCAACUGCCCUCUUGACAAUAAUGUUUGAGGCUAUGUGGCCCCUCCCACUUGUUCUAUGCCCUGCCUGGUUAUUUCUUGAUGUUCUUUUUUCUACUGCAUCCAUUAUGCAUCUUUGUGCCAUUUCAGUGGAUCGUUACAUAGCCAUUAAAAAGCCAAUCCAGGCCAAUCAAUAUAACUCACGAGCUACAGCAUUCAUCAAGAUUACAGCGGUGUGGUUAAUUUCAAUAGGCAUUGCUGUUCCAGUCCCUAUUAAAGGGAUAAAAACUGAUCUAGUUAAUCGAAAUAACAUCACUUGUGAAAUGACAAGAGAGCGUUUCGGCAACUUCAUGCUCUUCGGCUCACUGGCUUCCUUCUUUAUACCUCUGGUGAUCAUGAUUGUGACCUACUUUCUCACUAUCCAUGCUUUACAGAAGAAAACUUACUUGGUCAGAAACAAGCCACCUCAACGCCUAACGUGGUUGACUGUGUCCACAGUUUUCCAAAGGGACGAAACACCUUGCUCCUCACCUGAAAAGGUGGCAAUGCUGAAUGGUUCUCACAAGGACAAAACUCUGCCCAACUCAAGCAACGAUAUGCUUAUGCGAAGAAUGUCCACUGCUGGAAAAAAGUCACUGCAGAACAUUUCCAACGAACAGAGAGCCUCAAAGGUUCUAGGGAUUGUGUUUUUCCUCUUUUUGCUUAUGUGGUGCCCCUUUUUUAUUACAAAUGUAACUUUAGUUUUAUGUGAUUCCUGCAACCAGACUACUCUCAAAAUGCUCCUGGAGAUAUUUGUAUGGAUAGGCUACGUUUCCUCAGGAGUGAAUCCUUUGGUCUACACCCUCUUCAACAAGACAUUUAGGGAUGCAUUUGGCCGAUACAUCACCUGCAAUUACCGGGCCACAAAAUCUGUAAAAACUCGUAGAAAAUGCUCCAGUAAUAUCUUCCGGAAUCCAACAGCAGAGAACUCUAAGUUUUUCAUAAAACGUGGAAUGCGAAAUGGGAUUAAUCCUGCCAUGUACCAGAGCCCAAGGAGGCUCCGAAGUUCAACCAUUCAGUCUUCUUCAAUCAUGCUACUAGAUACACUUCUUCUCACCGAAAAUGAAGGUGACAAAGGUGAAGAGCAAGUCAGUUAUGUAUAGAAAAAAUGGCACAGCUUUCAUCCAAUAUAAUGAUUAGGAGGAGGAGGAAAUGGAUAUGACUGUACAAAGAAUUAUAUAAAGGACUUAAGUCAUGUAUCAUAUCAUCUCUUUACACUAAGAGUUAUGUAUUAAGAUUAUCCAAUUUUCUUUAUUUGGAGACAAUUACUACAUGAAAGAAAUCAUUUUGUACAGCUGCAAAUUAAAAUAAUUGAGUCCUCUGGUUAAACACUGAGGUAUUCAAAUGAAAUAAAAUUAAAUAAAUCAAUAAAUUUCAGGCCUAAAACAUGUCUUCAUUAGAAUUUAUUUAGUUCCUACUUGUAUGCAAAGCUGUGCUACAAAUGAAAUAAAACAAGUAUUAUCCUUGUCUUCAAUGCCUUAAAAGCAUAGGCAUAACAACAGUGAUAGGAACAGGGACCUAUCAAUAAGUGUAUAAUGAUCACAUCUGGAGAUAAGAAGUUAAGAUAGCCAUUUACAGUCUGGCUUAGUUAGACAUAGUCACAACCCGGCUUUGAUCAGGAAACUGCCUUGAUGGAAGGGUAGGGAGGACAGUAGUUGGAUAUCAUACAAAAUAAUAGGGUCUUAGAACUGGAGCUGUUUGUUAAAUGGCUCAUACCAGGGAUGUAUUCAGCAGAGGUGGGGGUAUUAGAGGGGGAGAAAACAAAUAAAAUCAGUCUUGGGUACCUUAAACCUCAUUAUGUUCUUUAAAGAACAUGUGCAAACUGGAGGCAUUAGACCUCAAUCCAGGAACCUAAACUUCAGUGGUCUCAUAAACUGAGACCACGGCUGCCAAAGAUUGGCCAAAGACUUGGUUGAACUUCGGGCACAAACAUUUUUGAUUUACCUUCUCAUCAUUCAAUUUUGCAUCACUACACCUGGGAAUAAAUCCAUUUUGUGUCGCUCACUAGCUACCAGAUUGAAUUUACAAAAGAUACUGAAUUUCUCUGAGCCUGUUUCCUCAUCUGCAUUUCAUAGGGUUCUUAGGAGAGUGAAUACAUGUGGGCACUCUAUAAAUGGUAGACACUUCUUUUUACUUUUGUUAUUUUAUUUUUAUGCUACUCUCAUAAAUUUAGGCUGAGGGGGUGUGCAGUGAAGACAGCCAUAUCUCAGCCUUUUCUUUUCAAGUUGACCCCUUCUCAUGCCUCAACCUAUUAUCCUAUUGCUCUCCUUCUCCAUACAACUCAGUUUUGUUUUGAA